AUGAACGAACGUAUGAUCGCAGUCGAGAUCAGCGUCGUGAAGAAAGAUACGGAUAUCAGCAGCAACAACGGCGACGAGAUUUUGAAGAGAGUCCUGCAAUGGCCAGAUCUGCAAGAGUUGCAGCUACCAUUCCAACGUGUCGUUCGUGAACUCACUACUGAACUAUUUUCUGGGGAUUAUCGUUUCACAUCUGAAUCCUUAGAGGCACUGCAGGAGGUUUGUUAGGA